CCGACCUCCCUCCCUCCCCUCUCCCGCUCCCGCUCUCUGCUUUCUAUCUAGAUAUUCUGUCGAGGAAGUGGAGAUGUCCGCAACGCCGCUACGACGUGCAUCAACCCUUCUGCCCUCUUUUCGUUCUGCCCACCACCCAACCUGCCGACAUCGUGCUCCUCGAAUACCCGCAUCUUCUUUGUGUUCUGCUGGAAGAAUAGCGAGGACAUUACCGAGCACCCGCCGAGACCAGCAUACGCUUGCGCCAUUGCGUUAUCCUCUGGAUGAGCCACUUGGGAAGUUGUGGACCACGGAACAGUUGCGGAUGGUCGCUGUGGACUAUCAGGAGGGCUUACUGGAACGGCUGAACGAUGAGAUCAAGGGGACGGAGUACGAAAACAAGAGCGUUGUGGACACUGUCAUUGGAAGUGCUAAAAAGAGGGAGGAUGCGCUCAUAUUCAAUUACGCAAGUCAGGCCAUGAACAACAGCUUCUUCCUUGACACCCUCCUCCCAACCGUAGAAAGCACCCUGCACCACAUGUCCCACUCACUCGACGAACACCUACGAAAGGAAUUUGGCAGUAUUACGCAAUUUGUGUCGUACAUGUCGGCCGCAGCAAUGGGGAUGUCCGGUUCCGGCUGGGUAUGGCUUGCGAUCGACCGACAGAACCGGCUCGCUAUUAUUGGGACGUAUGGGGCAGGAACCCUGUUAAUCAGGGAGAGGCAACAGGCAAACCCGAUGGGAAACGAUGCGCCCUUGCUUGGUGGAACAGGGAUUAGCAAUAGUGCUCCUACACCGCCGGGUAACUACUCAAAUCCACAAAUCCACACACCCUCAAACAGCACCAACUUCAAGUGGUUUGGCCAAACGCUAAACCCCAUCUUCUGCAUCUCCGUGCAUGAGCACUGUUGGCUGAAGGACUAUGGCGUGUGGGGGAAGGAAGAGUAUCUGAAACAGUUUUGGACUGUCCUCGAUUGGGGAAAGGUCUCGCGGUACCAUGAGAGAUGGGUGGAGCGGAAUGACGCUGCCACUUCUCCAAAGAAGUGAAGCGCUCAACCAGAGCAUGCAGCUCGAGGGCCAUCACAGCCCAAUGUUGCUCGGGGUUCAGCCGACUAAAUGAGGAUAUGAUGAAGCGCCCCUCAUACCAUACGUGCAGGCUUCUCGCGCUGGUGUGCAGUGCACAGUUCAUUUACGCUGCAGUACCAGAAAUCUGUCCUAAUCAGACCCUGACCAACCCAAUUGUUCCAAUACGAGGUUGCGGUGUUGCC